AUGUAUAUGAUUAGGCACAAUAUCAGCGGAACCAAGAAAGUUCCGGAAAUCUCAUUUGAAGUCGUUGGGUCUACUGGCAAUAUCUACAAAACGGUCAUUGGUAAAGUGCCUCGCUGUGACUGUCCGGACGUCAGAUUCCGGAAGGUGCAGUGUAAGCACAUCUGCUUUGUCCUAUCUGCCAUGGAUGUCGCUGGACAAUUGAGGUACCAGCGGGCAUUUCUGCCAUCCGAGCUACGGGAGAUGCUUGCUGUAUUAUCCUUGAAACGAAUCAUGGACACUACAACCCUUACUUCCACCGGCGAAAGGAAGCCUGUUGAGGGCAAGUGUCUAAUUUGUUUCAAUGAUUUCAAGGCCAACCAGGAAACUACGUGGUGUCAGGAAUGCGGCAGCAAUUUUCAUGGGGCUUGCUUUAAGAAGUGUGAGGCCACCAUGCAUGCAUCCCAGGAUGUUGUCAGCUGUCUCUACUGUAUGUAUUUGCCCCUAGAGUCUAUCCCACAUCUUGGCCUCUGGCUCCUCAGAGGAACUCCUGCUAACAUUGUGCUUCUUGGGCUGAAAUGGACGACCCGUCUUCACACACUGCUUAUUCUAACCUCGUCAAGCGUCAAAUAUGAGCACGAGCGCGAUGGGCACGAAACUGAGGGUGUCACCUCUAUGGGCAUGUAA